GAUUCAUAUUCAAACAGCGCCAUCGACAACAAUCACAAUUAUAACAACGGCAAUUAUUAUUAUUAUUAUCAUUAUUACUGAAUGUAUUAUAGAAUAUGCAUAAAUUAUAUCCAUGGUUUAUAUUAAUAAGUGCUGCAUUAUCUGUCAUAUUUUUAGGUGGUAAACGUAGAGCAUUUGGUAUAUUUAUAGCAAAAUUACAUUCAGAAUAUAAUAAAACAACAUUAGUUGAAUUAAAUUGGAUUGGUGAUUCAUAUUCAGCAUUAGGUUAUUUAACAACAUCUAUCACAACAUCAUUGAUUUUAUAUACAAAUAAAAAAUAUGGUAUAACACAAUUUUUUGGUGCAUUAUUUAUAUUAUUAGCAUGUAUAACUAGUUCAUUUGUAUUGAAUCCACAUUGGUUAUUUUUAACACAUACAAUAUUACAUGGUAUUGGUUCAUCAUUUAUAUUAAGUACAUGUAGUUUAAUAGUAAAUGAUUAUUUUUAUAAAAAUCAUCCAUAUCAUAUCUUGGCAACAACAUUAGUAUCUGGGGGUUCAGUUGCAUCUAUAUUAUUUAUUGAAUUUUAUGCUUAUUUAAUUGAUUUAUAUAAUUGGAGAUUAACAUUUAUUAUACUUGGUAUUAUUUAUUUUAUUAUAUUAUUUAUUACUUCUAUAAUAUUUUCUAAAAAGAAUAUUCUUACAUCUCAAUUAUAUAAAACUAACCAGUCUAAUGAUAAUGAUCAUCAUCAAUGGAAUCUAUGGAAUAUAUGUUGGAAUUUAUAUUGGCAACAAAAAUUAUUAUUAUUACUAUGGUUUAUUGAUAGAAUCAUUACAAGUAUUGUUACAUAUGGUAUGUUAUUAAAUUUAACUGAUUAUGUUUAUCAACAUGAAACAUUAUUACAAAAUAGUAUCUUAUUAACUAAUUUAUUUGCAUCCGGUGAAGCAACUACUUAUAUUAUUGGUGCUCUAUUAACUGGUUAUACUAAAAAUUUAUUAAAAAAUCAAUUAAAAUAUAUUUUAAUACUAUCCAGUAUAUGUAUGUCAAUUGGAUUAAUAUUAUGGGAAUAUUUUGCAUGGAAUUCUAUUAUCAGUAUUAUAUUAUCAUAUAUGAAUGGAUUUUUUUUAGGACCAUCUAUAACAUUUUUAUAUCCGGUUAGUGAAGAAAUGACAUUAUUACCUGGUUAUAUAUCAUAUUCAUUAUCAUUAAGUGGUAUGGGUAUUGGUAUGUUAUUAUCCCCAUUAUUAUCAGCAUUUAUUGCUGAAACAUUUCAAUAUCAUUGGUUUUUUUUAAUACAAGGUAUUAUUGUGAUGAUUAAAUCGAUAUGUUUAAUAUGUUCAUGGAGAUUAAUUAAAUAUUUAAUACAAUUUAAUAAACAUUUAUUAUAUCAAAAACAACAACAACAUGAUCCCGAUGAUGAUGAUGAGGAUGAGGAUGAUGAAGGAGAGCAAAAACAACAACAACAACGACGACGAAAACAACAACAUCAAGAAGAUCAAUCUUUAACAUUCAAUAGUGAAACACAAUGUUUAAUCAGUCCAAUGAUAAAAAAACAAUUGAAUUCAAAAAUGAUUUAAUUUCUUUCUACUUUUUUUUUCUUCUUAUUCUACUACUCAUUUAUUUUGUUUUAUUUUUUUUUUCGAAUUUUGUUGUUAUUGUUGGUAAUUUGAUAUCUUGAUGAAAUAUACUACUGAUUAUCGCCACCUGCUUCACCUUCCAUCUUCCCUUCAAAUCUCCUACCCCCAACCGGUUUGUUUUUAUUUCCACGAUCAUUCCGAUUACAUUUCAUCUGUGUUUCAACAUUUUGUGUUAUUUUAUCAUGCUGAGCCAUCCUUACCCCAUGAAUACUUAAGCCAUUAACAAUCAAACGACUAUUAAACUUUUCUUGUUUUAAAAGAAAUUUUUUUAAUACCUUUGUUUAUUUAACCUCACUGUCACCACGUAUAACAG